UUGUUCCAAAAGCAGACAUAACGUCUAAUAGAGUAACUCGUACAGAUAGAAGUUUCUACUUGCUCAAACUUGAGAAUUUAAUUGGUGAAAAAUUUUCAGAUUCACUAGUCGCCAUCCCCAAAAUUCUGUGAAUUUUCAUCAUGACUUCAAUUUUAACUCAAGAACAACAAAACUUUUUGAAAGAUAGUGAAUUAGAAUUCAAAGAUCGUUAUACCGAGAGCGAUGAAAGAUUUAUGAAGGUAAAAUCAUCAGUUAUUCGGAAACCUCCCAUUGUUGAUCCUUGGCAUAAUACAGCACAGAGAUCUAAUAACUGGCCUCGCCGAGACAGACAGCGACAUGGUCAUGAGAGAAAUAGAUAUAGAGAUGGAAACCGAGAUAGAGACAGACACUAUCAAAAUCCUGAUGAAAGAUCAAGUAGCUCUUCUCGAAAAAAUGGUAAACAUAAAGUAAAGAAGCGUCACGGCGAUAUUCACUCUAUUUUAAACAAAGACUACCCCGAAAAAAAGGAUCGUGAUAGAGCUAAGAAAAAAUCUAAGAAAAAAUCUAAGAAAAAAGAAAAGAGUAGAUAUCAUGAAGAUUCAAGAAGCGAUAAAUCCCCCAAAGGAAAAAAAAAUUUAAAUACUGAAAAAAAUUAUGAUAAAAAUGAUGUGUGCAAAGAAGGAUAUAAAAUUAGUGAUACAGUUGAACAUGAUAAAAAUAUGGUAUCUCAUGCUAAACAUAUUUGGUUUGAUGAUUCGUUACAACCUUCAUGCUCACGCAGUUCUUGUGAUCCAAAUCCAUUCAGAAUAUCUCAGAACGAAGAUGAUCAUCAAAGUCAAGAUUUUCAAGGCAAUUGCCUAAAAACACUUGGAAAAACUGAAGCAAAUACCCGUAGUAAAAGUCCUUUGGACAAUUCAUUUAAAAUUAUUAAAAAAGAAAACAAUUAUCGACGUAGUGAAAGUCCAUCCUACAAUCCAUUUAGAAUAACAAAUAGUGAUAGAAAUGAUGAAAAUGAGAGAAAUCAUUCGUACAAGUCAUGUAGAAUACCAAACAAAAGUAAUCAUACUCGUCGUGCUCAAAGUCCGUGUUACGACCGUACAUCUUACAAACGGAAAAAUGAUUCUCCUAGUACAUCGUACGAUUCGUCAAGAUUGUCUAAAAAACGAAAGAUAGAUUACUAUGAAAGAAAGCCAUUGUAUAUGCAAACGCAGAAAAAUUAUAAUCGUGAAGAAAGUCCUUCUUAUAAUCCAUUUAGAAUAUCUGAAAAAUAUGAGAAAGAUCAAGCAGCGAAUUUUUCAGAACAAUUUUUUGAGAAAAUACCAUCGCACGAUCAACCAGAUCAAUCUAAUUUACCUUGUAAACUCAACGAGACAACUAAAAAUCAAAGAACCUUAAACGAUUUUGAAAAAACACAUGAUGUUCAACCAAAUCAACCUAAUUUACCUUGUAUACUCAACGAGACAACUGAAAAUCAAAGAACCUUAAACGACUUUGAAAAAACACAUGAUGAUCAACCAGAUCAAUCUAAUUUACCUUGUAUACUCAACGAGGCAACUGAAAAUCAAAGAACCUUAAACGAUUUUGAAAAAACACAUGAUGAAAAAAACAGUGUUUUUGAGAAUAUAGUAUAUGCACAAAAAGAAAUCGACAAUUUUGAGAAUAAUAACAAGGUUCAACCAAUGUUUAUAUCUGAAAAUCCAUUAAAGAAUCAGCAGCAAGUUCUCAUAUUUGAAGAAUCAGAAAUAAGUCAGCAAAAAAUUUUUGUUUCUGAGGAGUUGGCAUUGGAUCAACCACAAAAUUAUCCUGAAAAACCAGUAAAUGAUCACAAAGAGGGUACUCCUAAAAAGCACAUUAAGAAUCGACGACAAAAACGUAUCAUUGAUGAUCCUGUCAGACAUGAUCAUUGUUAUUCAAAACUUUCUUACAUGUGACAAGGUUCUAUAUCAAUAAACAAUUAAAUAUUAUAGAAAAUGUUGUUUUAUUAUUUGUUAAAAUAUGUGUACCUUAUAUACUAUCUAAGCAGU